AUGGAGACUAGAUUGAGAAAGAUUACGGAUGCCAACUCCUUUCGAAAUGGCAGUGCAAAGAGGCCAGCUGAUAUUUCACCUCAGUCACCUCCAUUCAGCAUCCGGCUCCUUACGAGCGGUGACUAUAGCUACCAUGCUCAUAAGCUUUUGCAGGAGGACCUCUCAUUCCAAUUCCUGCUUUCCGCGUCGUUUCGUACAGAUUCCGAUGAUGUGGUGGCCUCGGGCCGCCGUCCCCCACUGAAUUGCAUUAAGAGAGAGCUCAACUUGGAAAGACUGGAUAAGAUUAUGCACUGGUUGUGGAUCGCAGGUCGUCCCAUGCCACCACGUCCUCUGCAUUAUCAGAUUCUGCUCUCGCGGAAAAUUUUUAUCACGGAACGAAUGGACAUGCAUCUCGUCUGGACGACCGGCCGGAUGUUUCUGAAACCAACCCCACGCUUUCUUCUGGAGCCUCAGUUCUGGACGGACUACCUUUCCUGCGCGAGAGGCUGCCACUGCCCUAAACGGGCGCUCGGUUUCCUAUUCUCCUACGCCGCAUUGAUCAUGCACGAGAGCGACUUUCGCAUUGCGAAGGAGAAGCACCUUCUUCCAGAAGAAUUACAGUGGCAAGGGUGGAGGACUUUUGUUGACCAGCUCGAUACUGAACAUAUCUAUCCCGAGAUUGAUGCACGCUUUGCCUAUGGAGAAUUACGCCUUGGUCGCCUUAACAAGAUCUACCGUCUCUCGCAGAAUGCCUUUAUGUGCGGCUACAUGCCGCAAUGGGACCACUAUAAGGGGUUCUUUCAGGAUAACCUUGCAUGGCUGGCGUCUGCAACGGUAUAUAUUGCACUCGUCCUGACUGCUAUGUAG